AUGAAGUUUGGAAUAUUUUUGGUGUCAUUUUAUUUUGCUGCAACUUUUGUCAGCAGCAAAUCUGUGUAUCAACCAAAGCCUAUUAUUGACCUUAAUGCAGUGGAGAAAAUAAUUGCAGCCGAAGGCUACCCAAGUGAAACCUACAAUGUGACCUCCGAAGAUGGAUACAUCUUAACAGUCCACAGAAUACCCUUCAGCCCUUCCAAAGGCCAGCCAACAAAGGGCGUAGUUUUCCUGCAACAUGGUCUUUUGUGCAGCUCCGCCGAUUGGGUUGUCAUGGGCAAACAAAAAGGCCUAGGUUUUAUUUUAUCUGACGAAGGUUAUGAUGUAUGGCUGGGCAAUGCAAGAGGCAACACAUUCUCCAAGAGACAUAUAACUUUGGAUCCUAAAAAAGAUGCCAGAAAGUUCUGGGAAUUCAGUUGGAACGAAAUCGGUAUGUACGAUUUACCAGCUAUGAUCGACUUCGUGUUAAAAUCCACUGGUGAAUCCAAAUUGAACUACGUUGGUCACUCUCAAGGAACAACAUCGUUCUUUGUGAUGGCUUCUGAAAGGCCAGAAUACAACAAUAAAAUCAAAUCUAUGCAAGCUUUGGCACCUGUUGCUUUCAUGUCCCACAUGAACAGUCCAGUUGUUAGAAUUUUGGCACCAUUUGUUUUCAACUUGGAGUUCCUCACCAGUGUAAUUGGUUUACACGAAUUUCUGCCAACAAGUGACUUUUUGGCAGGUGUUGCUGAUGGAUUGUGUAAUGAUGGACAAUGGACUCAAGAGAUUUGCUCAGGGGUUCUAUUUUUACUAUGUGGAUUCAAUGAGGAACAACUGAACUCUACUGCUUUACCAGCAAUUCUCCAAAAUACACCAGCUGGUGCAUCUACAAAACAGUUGGUCCACUAUGGACAAGAAGCCAAUUCAGCUAAAUUUCGCAAAUUCGACUUCGGUUGGUUCAAAAAUUUGAAAAAAUACAACCAAACAAGUCCACCAGAUUACGAUUUGAAAAAAGUCACGACUCCUGUAGCUCUGCACUAUAGUGACAACGACUGGAUGGCAAAUCCAAAGGAUGUUGAUAUUUUACACAACCUGUUGGCAAACUCUUUGGGCAAAUUCAAGGUUUCGGAUCCGAAAUGGAACCAUUUGGAUUUCACUUGGGGAAAAGAUGCUGAUAAGCUUUUGUAUCCAAAAGUUAUCAGUUUGUUGAAUAGAUUCGCUUAG